AUGUCGAUAGAGUACGUGCCGGUGAGUGAGGGGGAGCAGGAAGAGCCCAUCGAGCUGCCCACCGAGGAGGACGGCUCACUGCUGUUGAGCACUGUCGCCGCACAGUUCGCCGGCGCCAGUGGACUCAAGUACCGCGCAGGCGGCCGGCUGCGCGGUCUGCGUCUGGUGGACGAGCGCCUGUCGCCUCCGGCUGAAGGCUGGGCUGCCCAUCGCUACUGGUGUGCUUUCCCGCGCUCCUCUCCGUCGCCAACGCCGCGACCGCGAUGUUCUGAUCUUAUAGUUCUCGGUCUUCCUUGGAAGACAGGCGAAGAUGCCGUGCGAGAGUAUUUCGCCGCGUUCGGCGAUUUGCUAAUGGUGCAAGUGAAACGGGAUGCUAAGACGGGGUUAUCGAAAGGCUUCGGCUUUAUAAAGUUCGCGGAGUACGAAGCUCAGUUGAGAGCACUGGGCCGGCGCCAUAUGAUUGAUGGCCGGUGGUGUGACGUGCGCAUCCCGAAUGGAAAGGACGGUGGCGCCAGCGCGCACCGGAAAGUGUUCGUGGGAAGGUGUACCGAGAACUUGACUGCAGAAGACUUACGUGAAUAUUUCGCUGCAUUCGGGCAAGUGACGGAUGUGUUCGUACCACGACCAUUCCGCGCCUUCAGCUUUGUGACGUUCCUAGAUCCAGAAGUGGCACAGUCACUGUGCGGCCAGGACCACAUAAUUAAAGGAGUAUCGGUUAACAUCUCCACAGCGUCACCUAAACGCGAGCGAGGCGGGGGCGGCGCUCGCGGCUCUCAACUGCUCGGUUGGGGUCUCGUGGAGGCGGGUGGUGGUGCAGCCCGCGUCUUCAACUGGGCUGGAGACGCGUGGCCGCAACAGCCGCCUCAUUCGGCUGCCACACCACACCCCGCGCUCGACAAGCCUUACCUCAAGUAUGAGUGA